GAUCCCAGAAGCAAGCACAAAUUUAAGAUCCACACGUAUGGCAGCCCGACCUUCUGUGACCAUUGCGGGUCACUGCUGUACGGGCUCCUGCACCAGGGGAUGAAGUGUGACACCUGUGAUAUGAACGUUCAUAAGCAAUGUGUAAUCAACGUCCCAAGCCUCUGCGGCAUGGAUCACACAGAGAAAAGAGGGAGGAUUUAUCUGAAAGCUGAAGUCACCGGUGACAAACUGGAAGUAACAGUGCGAGAAGCAAAAAACCUAAUUCCUAUGGAUCCAAAUGGACUUUCAGAUCCUUACGUUAAACUGAAGCUCAUCCCAGACCCUAAGAAUGAAAGUAAACAAAAAACAAAAACCAUCCGUUCUACUCUGAAUCCAGACUGGAAUGAGGCAUUUACUUUUAAGUUAAAACCUACAGACAAAGACCGGCGGUUAUCUGUAGAGGUCUGGGACUGGGAUCGAACAACCAGAAAUGAUUUCAUGGGAUCUCUUUCCUUUGGGGUGUCAGAGCUGAUGAAAAUGCCAGCCAGCGGAUGGUACAAGCUGCUGAAUCAAGAAGAAGGUGAAUAUUACAAUGUCCCGAUUCCAGAUGCUGAUGACGAUGGAAACGCAGAGCUCCGACAGAAGUUUGAGAAAGCCAAACUUGGGCCAGCUGGUAACAAAGUCAUUACCCCAACAGAAGACAAGAACUCGAGUCUGCCCUCCAACAACCUGGACAGGGUGAAGCUGACGGACUUCAACUUCCUCAUGGUUCUUGGAAAGGGGAGCUUCGGGAAGGUGAUGCUGGCAGACAGGAAGGGGACAGAGGAGCUCUAUGCAGUCAAAAUACUGAAAAAAGAUGUGGUGAUUCAGGAUGAUGAUGUUGAGUGUACAAUGGUUGAAAAACGAGUGCUGGCAUUGCAAGACAAACCACCGUUCCUCACACAGCUUCACUCUUGUUUCCAAACAGUUGACCGCCUGUAUUUUGUUAUGGAGUAUGUGAAUGGUGGGGAUCUCAUGUAUCACAUUCAGCAAGUAGGAAAAUUUAAGGAGCCACAAGCAGUGUUCUAUGCAGCUGAGAUCUCAGUUGGGUUAUUCUUUCUCCACAACAGAGGGAUUAUUUAUAGAGAUCUGAAGUUAGAUAACGUGAUGUUGGAUUCAGAAGGACACAUUAAAAUUGCCGACUUUGGAAUGUGCAAGGAACAUAUGUUAGAUGGAGUAACAACCAGGACCUUCUGUGGCACUCCAGACUACAUUGCACCAGAGAUUAUUGCUUACCAGCCCUAUGGGAAGUCUGUGGAUUGGUGGGCAUACGGCGUGCUGCUCUAUGAGAUGUUGGCUGGCCAGCCUCCAUUUGAUGGAGAAGAUGAAGAUGAACUUUUCCAGUCCAUAAUGGAGCAUAAUGUUUCCUAUCCAAAAUCCCUGUCCAAAGAAGCUGUCUCCAUCUGCAAGGGGCUAAUGACUAAACAUCCUGCAAAACGCCUUGGCUGUGGCCUUGAAGGUGAAAGAGACAUCCGGGAACACGCGUUCUUCAGGAGGAUUGACUGGGAGAAACUGGAAAGCAGAGAGAUUCAGCCCCCUUUCAAACCCAAAGUGUGUGGCAAAGGUGCCGAAAACUUCGAUAAAUUCUUUACGCGAGGACAGCCGGUGUUAACACCUCCGGAUCAGCUGGUCAUUGCCAACAUAGACCAAACAGAUUUUGAAGGGUUUUCUUACGUCAACCCCCAGUUCCUACACCCCCUUUUGCAAAAUGUAGCAUGA